GGAACCAAGGAGUCGAUUUGUUUCAUAGUCUCCAGUAAAUAAAAGAAUAUUCAUGGAGUUGUCUUAUGUUUUGGCUCAUAAUUAAAUUCAUUGUUAGUGUUCCGUAACAGACAUUUUAAGCGGUACGACUGUAGGCCAUGUCUGCGUCAGCUGUGUUCGUGUUGGAUCUCAAAGGCAAGGUGCUGAUAUGUCGCAACUACAAAGGUGAUGUGGACAUGUCUGAGAUAGACCACUUCCUGCCGCUGCUAACACAGCAAGAAGAGGAAGGGCUCACUUGCCCUGUUAUUUCCCAUGGCAAUGUUCAUUUCAUGUGGAUCAAGCAUAGCAAUCUCUACUUGGUGGCUACUACAAACAAGAACUCCAAUGCAUCUCUGGUGUAUUCCUUUCUGUACAAACUGGUAGAGGUGUUCACGGAGUACUUUAAGGAGCUGGAAGAAGAGAGCAUUCAGGAUAACUUUGUGGUGGUAUAUGAGCUGUUGGAUGAGCUCAUGGACUUUGGCUUCCCUCAGACCACAGACAGCAAGAUUCUGCAGGAAUACAUUACACAAGAAGGCAACAAACUGGAGGUUGCUAAGACCAAGGUGCCCACGACAGUCACCAAUGCUGUGUCCUGGAGAUCAGAAGGCAUUAAGUAUAAGAAGAAUGAGGUUUUCAUUGAUGUCAUUGAGUCCAUUAAUGUCCUGGUAAAUGCCAAUGGUAACGUGAUGAGCAGUGAUAUUGUGGGCAGUAUCAAACUGAAGACGAUGCUCUCUGGGAUGCCUGAACUCAGACUGGGCCUGAAUGAUCGAGUGCUCUUCGCCCUCACCGGCCGAGACAAGGGGAAGACAGUAGCAAUGGAGGAUGUGAAGUUCCAUCAGUGUGUGCGACUGUCACGCUUUGAAAGCGACAGGACCAUCUCAUUCAUUCCCCCGGAUGGAGAGUCGGAGCUGAUGUCAUAUCGUAUCAAUACUCAUGUGAAGCCUCUCAUCUGGAUUGAAUCUGUUAUUGAGAAGUUCUCUCAUAGUCGAGUGGAAAUUAUGGUAAAGGCUAAAGGGCAAUUUAAAAAGCAAUCUGUGGCCAAUAACGUGGAGGUACGAGUUCCUGUCCCAAGUGAUGCUGACUCUCCCAAGUUCAAAACCAGUACUGGCCAUGCCAAGUACGUCCCUGAAAAGAACUUAGUAGUGUGGACUAUUAAAUCCUUCCCUGGAGGGAAGGAGUUCUUGAUGCGAGCCCACUUUGGCCUCCCCAGUGUGGAAAAUGAUGAGGCUGAGGGAAAACCACCAAUUACAGUCAAGUUUGAGAUCCCAUACUUUACCGUGUCCGGCAUACAGGUGCGAUAUAUGAAGAUCAUUGAGAAAAGUGGCUACCAGGCCUUACCAUGGGUUAGGUACAUCACACAGAGUGGAGAUUACCAGCUAAGGACAAAUACUUAGACAAGCACUUCCUGUGAACACUUCCUGGCCUUUCACAAAGACCCAGACAGACAACGAUCAAGUGACAGUUUGGUGUCUUAAUAUUUAAAUUUUUAUUUUUAAAGGAGAAGAAAAAUAUCAUUCUGCAGCAUUUUGUUAGACUAAAAUAUUUCUUCUUAACUGAUUUUAGAGUUGGAUUUUGUUGCACUAAGUCAUGGUUAAAAGAAAAAUACUAAAUCAAACAU